UGUCGAUGAUAAUGAUAAGUUAUGUAACAGAAAAUCAGAUGUACGUAUUUACUUUUUAUAAUAUUCGGAGGUGCUCAUAUAAUAACUUAUACAUCUCAAAUGAAACUUUAACAUGUUAUGCUUUAUAUUUAGACUGAUUAUCUCCAAUUAUCAACGGUGAGUUUUGUGUUUCCAAAGCCGAGCAAAUCAGCACUUUUUCGUUUUCUAUUUAGGAUCGUCAUUAUCGAAUACUAACAAUAAGUUUUUAUCCUUCAAAUAAAAACGUCUUAUUGCUUUUUCUUUUUCUAUUUAGGUUCAUUGUCAUCAUCAUCGAAUAUCAGCGCUUCAACAUCGUCCAGUAUCAACGAUUGAUCUUCGUCGAACACCAAUGAUCGUUCAUCGUCGAACACCGAUGAUUGAUCAUCAUCGAAUAUUUAAAAAAUAAAAUCCAGGAAAUCCAUGUUUCGGGUCCGACGAGAUCCGACGUGGGAUCCGAUCGGAUCCGAGACCGUCGGAAUCCAAUGCAAUUCCGUCACCAGGAUUUCAUCGGAUCCGUCGAAUUCCUGUAGGAUCCGAUAAAAUUCUGUACUGGAUCCGAUGGGAUCCGAUGGGAUCCGGUGGGAUCCGAACCAAAUCCAAAUCCACACAACAGACCCAAACCCAAACCAAAUCCACAGAUUUAAGUACCAAAUCCAAAUCUUCACUAGGAUUUGUUGCACCCCUAAAUUAUUAUUUACAAAAUUCAACAAGAAAUAUUUCAAAUAAUAAUUUCAAAGGAUCAAGUUUAAUACCUACAAAGAAUGCUGGUUCAUUAAUUGUAUUUGCAUGUGCACCAGGUACAACUGCAGAUGAUGGAAAUAAUAAAGAUAAAAAUGGAUUAUUUACAAAAUAUCUUUCAACACCAAAUGAAGAUAUUCGAAUGAUUUUAAGUGAUAUUACAAAUGAUGUUAUUCAACAAUCAAAUAAUCAACAAAUUCCACAUGUUACUCUUUGUUUAAGACACAAAUAUAUUUGUUUAUUUAAUGGACAAAAAAAAAUAAAAUUUAUUAGAUGGAAUCAAAUUGGAAAAAUUGUUGCGGUAGGAAAUCAAUUAAAUCAACUCGAUGAUCCCACAGGAAUCUUUGUUGAUCGGAAAAAUCAUUGUAUUAUUCAAUGGAAAUCUAAUCAAAUACAAGGACAAAUCAUUGCUGGAGGAAAUAAAGAAGGAAAGAAAUUGAAUCAAUUAAAUAGACCAAUAGAUAUGAUUAUUGAUCAACAAAAUCAUUCGAUUAUCAUUGCUGAUUAUGGGAAUAGACGAGUGGUGAGAUGGUCAACAAAUCAAAAACAAGAUAUUCUCAUUCAAAAUAUUGAUUGUCAAGGUUUAACAAUGGAUCAAAAGAGAUUUCUUCAUGUUUCUGAUCGAAAGAAGAAUGAAGUGAGAAAAUGGAAUUUAGAUAAGAUUAAUGAAAAUAAAGAAGGAAUAUUAGUUGCAGAUGCAAAUGGAAAAAGAUAUCAACUGAAUGAACCUACUUUUAUCUUUGUUGAUAAAGAUCAAUCUCUUUAUGUCUCAGAUUCCAGAAAUAAUCGUGUGAUCAAAUGGGUGAAAGAUACAAAAGAAGGAAUUGUUGUAGCUGGAGGAAAUGGUCAAGGAAACAAUCUCAAUCAAUUGUCUUCUCCUACAGGAUUGUUUUGUUAA